GAUAUCCCUUAUAUGUGGAAGCUAAAAAUGCCAAACUCAUAGAAACAGAGACUAGAAUACCAUGGAGUACCAGGCAGCAAUAGAAAGGAACACCGCCAUACACAAUCACAGAGAUCACAAUCUCUGGUGCUUCUCUGGAUGAAUCACCAGAGAACAGAUCGGUGGCAGCCAGGGUUAGGGAGGGAGGUGUGGGUUUGGCUGUAGAGGGACAGCUCUGGAUCUUGAUUGUGAUAGUGGUUACACAAACGUACACAUGUGAUAAGGUUGCACACAUCUACACACGCAUGCACAUAAACGAGCACACGUAAACUGGUGAAAUCUGAACGAGGUUUCUGGCUGUGGUAUUACUGGCACUAUGGUUAUGCAAGAUGACACCAUUGAGGGAAACUGGGUGAAGGGUGCAUGCAAGCUCUCUGUUGUUUUUUUUUAACAGCUUCCUGUGAAUCUAUAAUUACGGGCAGGUAGCUGGAGGGCUGGAGGCCCUUCAGCCCUGAGAGCCAGGACUCCCUUCAUGAGCCCCAGGGCCUCUGUGCAGGGGAAGAAAAAAAGGAGAAGCUGAGGCCAGAGAAGGUCUUGUCUGGAUCCCCAGUGGCAGAGGCUGUAAGUCAGCCUUCAGGACUCCCAGGGCAGUGCUCGGCCCUGGGACCACCUUCCUCCCCCUUCUGACCAUGUGCAGGGGCGGGGGCGGGGGGAUGCAGGUGUGUGUGCAUGUACCUGGGAAGGGCUGGGGGCACUUGAAGGGGCACCAUGUUCAGACACAGUGUGAAGCCCCCGGGCCAGGGUGGAGUGCGGGACUAGAGCGGUCAGCGAUGGGGGCCACAGGCAUGCUGGGGCUGGGACACCGCAUCACUGCUCGGGGCAGCAGACCCAGGGAAGACGCUGACAGGCAGAUGGAUGGUGGUGAGGGUCCUGGGGGAGGGGGGUUCAUGGGCCCAGGCCCAGUGACAUCAACAGCUGGCUCUCAGCAGCAAGAGCAGUGUCCUCGGGGCCCCAAUCCCAGCUGAGCACAAAGCAGCUCCAUGCAGGGCGGGCGAGGUGAUGGUGGUGGCAGGGCUGGGCCCGGUGCCUGGCUGACUGCCUGUGGCAUGCAGCGGGAUGCGGGCCGUUGUCAGGCCAGGUUUCGUGGGCUUUGCUGUCCCCACCCUGGCAGCCUGCUUUCAGAUGUGGUCCCCACACGCCCCCAGAACCGGGAUCCCAAGCCCCAGGACGCAGGGCAGAGGGCUGGGCCUGACCCCAGCCCACAGCCGCCCUCUGAGGCCCUCCCUGCCCCCGGGCUCAUCAUGCAGGACCGGUCCUGAGCGGGCGGGGCUCCCAGAAGGGAGCAGGGCUGGGACCUAGAACUGGGUACCUGCUCUAUCCACACCAGGCUCUGUGCAGGCUCCUGAGGUCGGGUCAGACCUGCCCUACCCCUGCCUUGGCAGCUCCCAGCCGGGUCCCGACCCUACUUCCACAACUGGACAGCUGAGCAUCUGCAUGGACUUCCGUCCCACCUGGGAAACCACACAGUUCGGGUGGGACCAGGGUUACCAACAGGCUGGGGGCGGGGUGUGCUAAGGCUGUUCACUUGCUGUGUGUCCUCAGGAAGAACACUGCCCCUCCCUGGGCUGCAAUGUUCCAGGAGCUCUUGGACUUCCGUCCCUGAGCUGUUCAGAAUUCGGCUACCUGGGGCUGGUGGCAGCGGAGGAGACAGACACACACCGCCCGACGUCUGUGUCCGUCGCGGGUAGGGGUGAAUCGGUUUCCGGCUCCGCCCCCGGUCGCACGUCACCGCAGGUGGCGGCAGCGGGGUGGGCGAGGCGGCACUGAGUCACAGGCCGCCUGUGCACCCGCUCCGCCCGCGCCGCCCGGCUCCCGGGGGCAGAGGAUCUGCGGCGGCGGCGGCGGCGGCGGCGGCGGCGGCGGGAGGCUCCAGAACGCGCUGCGCCAGCCCGGCGACCGGACUCCCGACCUGCUGAGCGUGCGUCCAGCCCGCGGCAGAGGCGCCCGCCAUGGCCUUCUCCCAGGUGCAGUGCUUGGACGACAGCCACGUCAACUGGCGCUCCAGCGAGGCCAAACCCGAGUUCUUCUACAGCGAGGAGCAGCGGCUGGCGCUGGAGGCCCUGGUGGCCCGCGGCCCCGACGCCUUCUAUGAGGUGCUGAAGCGGGAGAACAUCCGCGACUUCCUCUCGGAGCUGGAGCUCAGGCGCAUCGUGGAGACCAUCGAGGUGUAUGACCCCGGCUCCGAGGACCCCCGGGCCAGCGGCCAGCCCCGGGGGCCCGAGGACGGCGGGGUCGGUGACGGCGAGGAGGGCAGCGGGGAAGGGGGGGCCCGCACCGAGGCCGAGCCGCUGCCCUCGCUGGAGUACUGGCCCCAGAAGUCUGACCGCUCCAUCCCGCAGCUGGACCUGGGCUGGCCGGACACCACCGCCUACCGGGGUGUGACCCGGGCCAGCGUCUACAUGCAGCCCCCCAUCGACGGGCAGGCCCACAUCAAGGAGGUGGUGCGCAGGAUGAUCAACCAGGCCCAGAAGGUGAUUGCUGUGGUCAUGGACAUGUUCACCGAUGUGGACAUCUUCAAGGACCUGCUGGAUGCCAGCUUCAAGAGGAAGGUGGCCGUGUACGUCAUCGUGGACGAGAGUAGCGUCAAGCACUUCCUGCACAUGUGUGCGCGGGCCCGCAUGCACCUGGGGCACCUCAAGAAUCUCAGGGUGCGGAGCAGUGGAGGGACCGAAUUCUUCACGCGGUCGGCCACCAAGUUCAAGGGUGCCCUGGCCCAGAAGUUCAUGUUCGUGGAUGGAGACCGGGCCAUCUGCGGCUCCUACAGCUUCACGUGGUCAGCUGCAAGGACGGACAGGAACGUGAUCUCCGUGCUGUCGGGCCAGGUGGUGGAGAUGUUCGACCGGCAGUUCCAGGAGCUGUACGUCACGUCACACGGCGUCAGCCUCAAUGGCAUCCCCAUGGAGAAGGAGCCCGAGUCCGAGCCCAUCGUGCUGCACUCUGUGGUCCCGCAGGUGCCAUCGGGCACCAUGGCCAAGAAGCUCAUCAACCCCAAGUACGCGCUGGUCAAGGCCAAGAGCGCUGACGAGAUCGCCAAGUUGUCCUCCGAGAAGCAGGAGGCCGCCAGGACCCUGGGGGUGCGGGACACGGCCCUAGCCGAGCUGCCGGGAGGCCUCCCCGAGCCGUCCCUGCCUAUCCACCAGGGGCUGCUCAACCUGGAACGGGCCAACAUGUUUGAAUACCUGCCCACGUGGGUGGAGCCGGACCCGGAGCCCGGCAGCGACAUCCUAGGCUACAUCAACAUCAUCGACCCCCACAUCUGGAACCCCCAGCCCAGCCAGAUGAACCGCAUCAAGAUCCGGGACACGUCCCAGGCCGGGACCCAGCUGUGGAGGCAGAGCCAGGACUCCAGCCCCGCCCCCCAGCCCAGAUCCCCCCAGGACGGGGUCCCAGCCGAGAACAGCCUGCCCCAGUGGGACGCCGAGCCACGUCCUCCUGUGCCCAAGCCCCGGACAGUCCCGGUGGCAGACCUGCUUGCCCAGGAGGGCGGCGGUGUUGGCUGGGCCCUGGAAACCCCAGAGGGGCGGGCACCCCAUAACCGGACGGACCACGGUCUCCCCAGGACGGCAGGCCCAGGCCACGCCCCGCUUCAGCGCCAGCUUUCUGUGACCCAGGAUGACCCCGAGAGCGGGGGGCCGGUGGUGCCCAAUGGGCUGGAGGAGGAGGAGGAGGAGGAGGAAGACGACGAUGACUGCGUGACCCUCAGUGACCAGGACAGCCUCUCGGGCAGCUCCGGCCGUGGCCCUGGCCCCCGGCGGCCCUCGGCGGCCCCCUCGUCCACGUUGGAUGAGCUUUCUGAGGUGACGGAGCGCUCGGCCACCCUCCGGAGGUGCCGCUCAGAGCAGGUGGCCAACGGGCCAGCCCAGCACCCCCGCCGACAGCUGAGCGCUCCCCACAUGACCCGUGGGACCUUUGGUGGACCCCCGGGUGACUCCUCGUGGGCCCAGGGUCAGGAGAGAGAAGAGGCAGGCGCUCUGAGGAGGAUGCAGGCCCCACACCAGGCAGACAAGGAGGCACAGGGCCAGCGGUUCCACCACUACGGAGUCCCAAGGGAUAAAGAUGGCUUCCCGCAGCCGUCGAGGACCCUGGGACCCCCGCGGUACCGCCCCGCCACCGAUGGCGCCCACAUCUCCAGCAGGAAAGCGGGCCCGGCUGUGGCAGGCCCCCAGCACUGGCAGGCCAAGGGUGGCCCGGGGCCCUGUGCGCGGCCGGGUCCUGGGACCCCAAGACUGGCCCGAAACGCCAGCCCCCAGGCCGACGGCAGGGCUACCGAGGAGCAUCCCAGCCCCCUCGGAAUCCCGUACUCCAAACUGUCCCAGUCGAAGCACCUGAAGGCCAGGAUGGGUGGCGGCCAGUGGGCUUCAUCCAACUCUAAACGGCAGCCCCAGGCCCCCCGGGACUGCAAGGACCCCUAACACCUUUUGCCCGGGCCUGAAGCCACGCCAUCCACGGCUUCCACCCCAGCCCGGGCUCACCGUGCAGGUGUUCCCCGGCCGCCCUGACUUCCAGAGCCACCCUGGAAGGCAGGAAGGUAGGGAGGGCGGCGACCUCACCUGGUCGGUGCACCAGUACCAGGUGGCCAUGAUGGUCAGGCCGAAGGUCAUCCCGGUCCACGGGAGGUCCCCCGUGUAGGGGUCUCGGAACAUGUGCAUGGCGUCUGCCCGCGGCAUGUGGCAGGUCGUGUUGGAGAUGAUCCUGGAUGGGACGGCCCGGGCGUAGGCUGCUGCCAGCUGCUCAUACCCGCCGAUCUGCUCGAAAGCUGGAGGGGGCGGGCGGGACAGGCACGGUUGGUGGCUGGUGGCCGUGACUCCCAGCCCCACUGCCCUCAUCUCGCAAGUAACUUCUUGAUGCAUCAAACUCGACUUUUUCCCACUUCACCUUUUCCAGUGUCUGGAAAGGUAUGGAGGUAGAGGGUUUUUAAAAAGGUGAAUUCAAAGGACUAUUUUAUUUGUAUUUAAAAUAAUAAUAUUAAACGAGCAUUCCACACGAGGGCACCCCAGUGUCCUGCCGGCCUCUGGAUGCCCACCAGCCUCAGGCGAGGAGCUCUCUGCCAGGCUGUCGACUCAAGGAAGCAAACGUGUCUUUUCUUGGCAUUCUAGGACCUUCCUGAGGAAUCUGAAGGGCUAACGUCCUGACCCAGGGGCUUCCAAAGGACAUGACUUCGGCAGAGCUGAGAAUGGCUGGGGGAUGUGGCACUGAGAAGGGACACAGAGUCCCCAGAGGGGCAGGGGCGCCACCAAGGCUACACUGCCAGCUGGCCGGCGCGAGCCAACCACGUUCGCCCCCCCACUGCUCCUGUCUGCCUUGGGGUCUGGGCCCACCUGUGGCUUUUGCUUUGUCUGUGGUCACUCCCCCGCCCCCAUCCAGACCAGGCCUGGCUGCCUGGGUGCCUCUCCUGCAGUGGGCUCCGGGGACACGGGCCCCUGGUCUGUGAGGAGGCUGGUACACAGAAGGCUGGGCAGCCACAGGUCCCACUCCCCCGCCUUCCCCAGCAGGCAGCCCGCUGCCCGGACUCUGGGCUCCCGGCAUCAGUGCCACCUGUAGCCCAGGCCAGGCCAGGGUGAGUGCUCAGAGCGAAUGGACGAACACUAGACACGGGUCGGAAACUGCCCAGCCACAGGGUCCUAGAGUCUAAGUCUGGAAGAGACCGUUUGCCCUCUAUGGGAUCCUCCUGGCUCUGCUUGCAUACCACCCGGGAUGGGGAUCUCACUACCUCUGGGGCAGCCCCCCGAGCUUCCUCCCUGUUCACAGACCAGGAGAUCCAAACCCCCCUGCUCUCCACCUUGCCUUUGUCCCGCUGGCUUCUUGAGAUCUUGGACAUGCUUUGAAACAAGGGGGGCAGACGUCCAGGCAGGUCUGUGGUCUCCCAACUGUGUCUGCACACCCACCCGCAGCCCCGCCCCCGUCGAGCCCCGAGCCCGCAUGGGUGCAGACGGCCCUGCCUCCUGAGUCAGGUCUGCGGCCAGACGCCAGCCGGCCCGGAGCUGGUGACAGAAGUGCUGCUGGGCAGCAGGGGUGGGAGGGGAGCAGGCCUCCGUCACCCAGGGGAGGCCGGCGGGGGGCUGACGGCCUUGUGGCUUGACCUCGUGAGGCCACCCACCCCCCGUGCGGACACCGGGGCCCCGACAGGGCGGCACCCAG